GAUGCUCAUUGUGUCUUAAGUCAUCACGAAUGUUGUUACAGCUAUCAAAUGAUUUGGACGCUUCUGUUGUGGUUUAUGUUAGGAGUCUUGGCACCGACGCAAAGUGAUAGUGAUGUGGUCGACUGGCCAUAUGUUACCACAAAAAAUGAUUAUUCCGAGCAGUCACCUGUGGACAUAGAUACAAGUUAUGCAAUCAGAAGAUAUUUGCCAUUUCUGCGUUAUUUCGGUUAUUGGGCUUUUAACAGGGCCACAGUUAAUAUAGCCAAUACCGGACAUACAGUUUGCGUCACACUUGCCAAUAAUUCCAUCGAGGUACCUUUUAUCACAGGAGGGCCACUGUUCGAUUCCCGGUAUGAGUUCAAGCAGAUGCACUUUCAUUGGGGAAAAGGUGAUUUUGGGAGUGAGCACAAAGUCAACGGAUACCAAUAUGGAAUGGAAGUUCAUAUCGUACAUUAUAAAAAAGAAUACGGAACUUUUGAAAACGCUCAAACUUAUAGUGAUGGCGUAUGCGUUGUUGGAUUUUUUGGAGAGGUAUCACCAAAAGACAACCGAGAAAUGGAUAGUUUCAUAGCCGAUUUAAAAUAUAUAACCAAACCUAAAUCAGAAAUAGUUAGAGACUUUAAAGAAGAAUUCUCUUGGAUAAGGAAAACAGCUCUAAAACAACAUUACUACACAUACCACGGAUCACUAACCACUCCACCGUUUACAGAAUGUGUAAUUUGGAUUAUUUUUACUAAACCUAUUAAAGUAUCUAGGAACCAGUUGAUGGCAUUUAGAUCGUUACAUUCGGAUCAUGAGGGAGAGAUGAUAAAAGCAAAUGAUAGAAGUCUUCAGCCAUUUAAUAACAGGACAAUUGUUUAUGGAUAUUAAACCAAUUCAAUUAAAUUUAAUCCAACAACCAUGUUUUAAUAUCAUAAUUCAUUGUUGUUACCAACGUAAUUGUUAAAAUGCAUUAAUUUAUUUUUCAAAUACAAAGAUAUUAUCGCUUAUUCAGACCUAAAA